AUGGUGGCAUGUUUAUUAGAAGGAACCAUCAAGUCAACAACAGCACCGUUACAACCUGAAUCGCCUACACCCAUACGUCAUGACAGCAACUCAUUGUCAAGUACAUCGCCCAAUGGUUCUAUUACAACAUCUACAUUGGCUCGAAGGCGCUACCCGAUCGUGCUUGUAGGGAAUAGGAACAAGAGUAUUGCUAUCGGGCGUGGUAACGAGGCAACAAUUCGUAUUGGUCGUCGCAACCGCCAAGUGAGCCGUGUGCACGCUUGUAUCGAAUAUCAAGCACAAACCCAAGUUUACGAGUUGCAUGUGGUUGGAUUGAAUGGUGCUAUUUUGGAUGAUAAAGUGAUACGACAACAUGAACGGGUGCUGCUCAGGGAUGAUGCACGUAUCGACAUUCUCGGCACAGAGCUUGCCUUCAUAUACCCUCCUGAUCAAGUUCCACCUUCGUCUUCUUGCAUCAACGCCAACACCACACCCAUCAUCUCCCAUUCAACAAAGACGAAAGAUACACCAUCAUUGCCUGUCUCCACAAAACGAAAGGACAACAUGGACCAUGUACAUCAAAUUAUUCGAGCUCUGGUUUUCUCACGCAAGUCAUCCAUGUCACCAAGUGAUAUUUGCUCACGCAUCCUAUCGGAUCGAUCUCGACGUAAAGCAACCAAGUCUGAUACGUCUUCAUUGCAAUGGAUGGAACGUAUUCAAACAGCUCUCAAAUCCGAGCCAUUUUUUGGUGAGAUUGUGCGCAAAGGAAAAACUGCGGAUGGGUCACCCAAGGAAAACUUGUAUUACUACAAUAGUGAAGUGGACCCUGUUGAAUGGCGUCGCAAAGAAUACACACGUGUGGGUCGAAGUGCUCGUAAAUGCACAUUACAAGAUAAGCAAUACUUUUGGCGAAUACCCAAGCUUGCACGUAGUCACCAGAAUCACACUUCUCCCAAUAGCAAAGCUCGUAAUUAG